AUGAAGCUUGCCCACGCCCUUCCCUUUGCCGCCCUCGCAUCGGCGUGGGUCAUCGACGGCCGCCAUCAGUCCGAGCAUCCGGUGCGGGACAUGGCAAAUGCCAUGGCAAGGUUCACCUCGACCAUGGCCGGCAACCCCAACCUUUUCAUCGACGAGAUCGUGGCGGCCACGGGCGAGCUUCACGUGCGCCUCAAAGCCGGCGUCGAGACGCUGAAGAGCAGCGGGUUGAACGGACCGGAGCACGUUGCCAACCUUCUUUGGCUCGGUCAGAAGCUGGGCCCCUUUGGUCGCUCCAUGCAUGAAUCGGUCGUGGGGCAAAAGGAGACGGUCGAAAGGAACGGGUACUGUUACAUCAUGGAGCACGCCGUCGACGCCGUGCAAACCGACUUCUACAGCUUCGGAGACUACAUGGGCGGCGCGGUACCUCAGCACGAGAAGGCGGCGGCGGCGUCGUACGCCGAGGGGAUUCUCACCAUCCUAAACGACGCCAAGGCGCAGUUUACCAAGGACCACUGCACCAACGCCAGCCCUCCGUCGGCCUGA